AUGGGAUACCACGGAAAACCAGUAGCAGUGCUUGACAUGAAGUCGGACCAAGUCCGACCUCUUGACAAAGCUGACGUUGAAGGCAAAGGCUAUCCCACAGUCCAGAUUCCCCGACUGAAGAACAACGUUCAAGUCUGCAUCCCACGAUCGAACAACACAAAAACGGAAUUCAUUGCGGAGGUCAAUCUCUGGAGCAUGGGGGUUCGAUACAACCUGCACAGACUUGUCGGAGAAGAGCCUCAGCUCUACGUGGUGAAUGCAUAG